AUGUCUGGGUGUUCUAGGUGUUGUUUCAAAGAGUUUAGCAAUACAGGGCAUUUGGAUAUAACUGAAACUGCUUCACAUUCCCAAUCAACGUCCUCCAUCUACAAAUGGACCUCAAAGCCUUACCACUCCUUGUUUUCCACUCCCACAACAGACACAAUUAUGUUUCCUUCCUUACUUAGCAUAUAUUGUUUACAUGAAGUUGAUAUUAGCAAUUGUGGUUUAAGUCAACUAUUCCCUGAGGCAAUUGGAUGCUUACACUGGUUAGAAAUGUUAAAUCUUGGAGGGAACAAUUUUGUGACACUGCCUAGCCUUGGGGAGCUUUUCAAGCUUGUAUAUUUGAACUUGGAGAAUUGCAAGAAAUUGGAAUAUUUGCCCGAGCUUCCUUUCCCUACUACAAUCGAGCAGGAUCUUCGAAAGAACAAAUAUUGGAAGAGAACAGGAUUGUUCAUUUUCAACUGUCCUAAACUAAGUAGUAAGGAAAGAUGCAGUAGAAUGACAUUUCCAUGGAUAACACAAUUCAUUAAAGUGAACAAAUAA